CGCCCGGGAAGGCUGUUCGAAGACGCCUCCCAGAGAAAAGAGCUCAAGUGAAUAAUUGAUGGAGAUUGAUCCUCCCAGGACAAAGCUUUGCAGAAAACCAGCGCAUCCGAUUUCGAGCGGUUUUGGAAUCCUCUGCCAAGUACAGGAUAUGGGAGCGAAGCAAGGACUUGGAGCACGGCUACAGAUCUUCCAUCUCGGGUGUGGCUCCGGCCUUUUUGUCUUCUAGCCACCUCCCCUGUCACCCCCUCCUUCCCCGCCGCCCCCCCCCCUCCCGGCCCGUCCCCGCCUUCUUCUCUUCCCUUAUGAAAGUAGCCUCUCUUUGGUUACUUCUACCCUAUCCUCCCUUGCAGUCCCGCCCUCUCCCCUGCCCAGUCCGGUGAGGUCAGCUCAUGAAUAUCAGUGCACUUCCUGAGGAGCGUCUGGCACCGCUUGGUACCUCGCAUGUUCGCCGGCUUGGAGCCGCAGCUCAGCCGAGUCGCGGACCACGGGAAGUAACCGGCUCUGGGGGCCGCCGAGCCUGCACGUUAACGCCAUUGUCUGGAGAAAUCGAGUGGGUGUGGAACUGGGGCGAGAGGGCCCAAAGUCGUGCUCAGCCAAAAAGUCGCAUAUAAUACUACGAAGUUAAACUUUCCUUUUAAAAGACGUAAAAAUAAACCCUGAAGUCGCCGGAGGAUCGUAAGGAAAACGCUGUUGAUGCAACUUCGAAACAUCGCGUCUGCAGAGAAAUUCUUUCUAGACCGCUAUGAGUCAGCCACCGAUGGGGGGCGCUGCCCCCGCCACAGCCACAGCUUCUGCAGCCACCUCUGCCACUGAGGCUCGACUGCACCCAGAGGGCAGCAGCAGAAAACUGCAGCGUGCUCAAUCACCUGCCAGACUAAGGGACAAUUCGGUCCGACAGACAACCGCGACCACCAGGUCCCCCGUGGGGGCCGGCACUAAACUCAAUUCUGUUCGACAGCAGCAGCUGCAGCAGCAGCAGCAGCAGCAGGGCAACAAGACCGGGAGCCGCUCAGUGCCUCCGACCAGCGCCCGAGGAGGCGGAGGCGUGGCGGAGAAGGCUGCGCCCCUGGCGCCCAAAGGGGCCGCGCCGGGAACUGUCCAUCUCGCGGCUGGUGCUGAAGCGGCCCCUGCGGCGACCCUGGCCCCCGUGGGCGGCAGGAGGCCUGGCCCGUCGGAGGAGCCAUCCAGGGAGCUAGAGCCAGUGUCCGCUAAACUCGGGGAACCCCCUCCGCUCGGGGAAGGAGGAGGAGGGGGUGGGGAAGGAGGAGGAGCCGGCGGCGGCUCCGGGGAAAGGGAGGGGGGCGCUCCGCAGCCGCCGCCGCCGCCCAGGGGCUGGCGAGGGAAAGGCGUACGCGCUCAGCAGAGGGGCAGCAGCGGCGGGGAGGGGGCCUCCCCUUCACCAUCCUCUGCGGGCAAAACCCCAGGCCCCGGCAGCAGAAACUCCGGAAGCGGUGUUGUGGGGAGCGGGAGCGGUGGCGGAGGGAGCUACUGGAAGGAAGGAUGUCUGCAGUCUGAGCUCAUCCAGUUCCACCUCAAGAAAGAGCGGGCGGCAGCGGCGGCAGCCGCGGCUCAGAUGCACACUAAGAACGGCGGCAGCAGCAGCCGCAGCUCCCCGGUCGCUGGCGCCCCUGCCAUCUGCGAGCCUCUUGCAAUCCCUUCAGUCUCCCCAAUGGCGGCGGCAGCGGAGGGCCCCCAGCAGAGCGCUGAGGGCAGCGCGAGUGGAGGGGGCAUGCAGGCGGCGACGCCUCCUUCGUCGCAGCCGCACCCGCAGCAGCUCCAGGAGCAGGAAGAAAUGCAGGAGGAGAUGGAGAAACUGCGAGAGGAAAACGAGACUCUCAAGAACGAGAUUGAUGAGCUGAGGACCGAGAUGGACGAGAUGAGGGACACUUUCUUCGAGGAGGAUGCCUGUCAACUGCAGGAAAUGCGCCACGAGUUGGAGAGAGCCAACAAAAACUGCCGGAUCCUGCAGUACCGCCUCCGCAAAGCCGAGCGCAAAAGGCUCCGCUACGCACAGACUGGAGAAAUCGACGGGGAGCUGUUGCGCAGCCUGGAGCAGGAUCUCAAGGUUGCAAAGGAUGUAUCUGUCAGACUUCACCAUGAAUUGGAAAAUGUGGAAGAAAAGCGAACAACAACAGAAGAUGAAAAUGAAAAACUGAGGCAACAGCUUAUAGAAGUUGAGAUCGCAAAGCAAGCUUUACAGAAUGAACUGGAAAAAAUGAAGGAGCUAUCCUUAAAAAGAAGAGGAAGCAAAGAUCUGCCAAAAUCUGAAAAAAAGACUCAACAGACUCCCACAGAGGACAGUGAGGAUCUGAAAUGCCAGCUGCAGUUCGCGAAGGAAGAAGCCGCUCUGAUGAGGAAGAAGAUGGCCAAGAUCGACAAAGAGAAGGACCGAUUCGAACACGAGCUUCAGAAGUACAGAUCCUUUUACGGGGAUCUGGACAGCCCUUUGCCCAAAGGAGAAGCCGGGGGGCCUCCCAGCACCAGGGAGGCUGAGCUCAAGCUGCGGCUGAGGCUCGUGGAGGAAGAAGCCAACAUCCUGGGCAGGAAGAUCGUAGAACUGGAGGUGGAGAACAGAGGCCUGAAGGCAGAACUCGACGACCUGAGGGGGGAUGACUUCAACGGCUCGGCCAACCCGCUCAUGAGGGAGCAGAGCGAAUCCCUGUCGGAACUGCGGCAGCACCUGCAGCUGGUGGAGGACGAGACGGAGCUGCUGCGGCGGAACGUGGCGGACCUGGAGGAGCAGAACAAGCGCAUCACCGCCGAGCUCAACAAGUACAAGUACAAGUCGGGCGGCCACGAGAGCGCGCGACACCACGACAGCGCCAAGACCGAGGCCCUGCAAGAGGAGCUGAAGGCAGCGCGCCUGCAGAUCAACGAGCUCAGCGGCAAGGUCAUGCAGCUGCAGUACGAGAACCGCGUGCUUAUGUCCAACAUGCAGCGCUACGACCUGGCCUCGCACCUGGGCAUCCGCGGCAGCCCGCGAGACAGUGACGCGGAGAGCGACGCGGGCAAGAAGGAGAGCGACGACGACUCGCGGCCGCCUCACCGCAAGCGCGAGGGCCCCAUCGGCGGCGAGAGCGACUCGGAGGAGGUGCGGAACAUCCGCUGCCUGACGCCCACCCGCUCCUUCUACCCCUCGCCCGGGCCCUGGCCCAAGAGCUUCUCUGACCGGCAGCAGAUGAAGGACAUCCGCUCGGAGGCCGAGCGCCUGGGGAAGACCAUCGACCGGCUCAUCGCCGACACUAGCACCAUCAUCACGGAGGCGCGCAUCUACGUGGCCAACGGGGACCUGUUCGGACUGAUGGAUGAGGAGGACGACGGCAGCCGCAUCCGCGAGCACGAGCUGCUCUACCGCAUCAACGCGCAGAUGAAAGCUUUCCGCAAGGAGCUGCAGACCUUCAUCGACCGCCUCGAGGUGCCCAAGUCUGCGGACGACCGCGGCGCGGAGGAGCCCAUAUCCGUGAGUCAGGUACAGUUCUGCCUAUUGCGAGCCACGGCGAUGGCCAGGCUGGUCCGCGGAUUCGUGCUCCUCGCUGGGGCGUCUCCGCGCACCGACCUCCACGCCCCGCUUCAGGGUUCCCGCGCAGAGCCUCACUGGGCUUCGUAGCCCCACAGCACACGUGUUCUCUCACACUGUCCUUCUUCAGGCCUCGGGUUUUCGGAACCCGCUUGGUAACUCCCUCCCCUCUGUUUUGGUUAAAAAGGAAAUUUACACACACCCCCACCAUCAGUUUUUGUGUAAAGAUUAAAGGAUCUUAAAUAUAUAUCAUUAUGUGUCGAUAUGUUCAGUAUUACUCCACCGAUUCUAAUGGAUCAGGCUGUAAGAAGAUCCCAGAUGGGAAUCUUUAAUUGUGUAUUUGCAGGUUUUGAACUAAGAUUGAAAUUGAGUUUUCAAAAGUGGUUUAAUUACUUAGUAUCCAGGGUUAUUGUGUAACUACUGGCAAAUGUACAAGCCAACAGUGAAGAGAGGAUACUGUGUCUAGAUCCCUACCAAAAGGAACAAAUAGAAGUCACUCCUUUACAAGUGGAAGUAAUAGGAUCGUUAUUUCUAGGGGG